CCUAGAUCUAAAACCUCACCAUCCAGAUAGUCUCUGUUUUCUUUUUCUAUCUCUCGAUCAACAAUGUCUGCUUUUCCCGGAGAUUUCGCAGCGGCUGAGACAGGAAUCUUCUGGGACACAGAAGAUUGCAAGAUCAGUGGUGAUCUCAAUGCUGGUGUGGUUUUGCAGAACAUCAAAUCGACCAUCUCGAGUGCUGGUCAUCAUGGUCCGGUCUCAGUCAGGGCUUAUGGUGAUUUGACUGGUCAUGAUUUCCCUUCUCAAGGAAUUAAGCUUAAUCACUUCCCCGCAGGGGAGAGAUACGCGAGACACACCAAGAUGCUCGAAGACAUCAUUUCUUGGUCAGCUGAACAUCCAGAACCGUGUAAUUUGAUGCUAAUCGUUCGUGGAGACACCACCUCUCAAGACUUUGUAGACGUUGUUGAACUUUUGAAAUCCAGGAAAAACUACAUGAUUCACGUUGUAAGCCCCGGACGUGGGUUUGGAAGAUCUUAGUAGGCCCUAACUUAUAUGGAUUAGGUUUUGUUAUAACCACUAGUUGGAGACUACUUUAUGUGUAUGCCAAGUCUUUGUCAGUAGUGUUUUUGUGUGUGUUUGUUUGUGUGUUUGUUUGUAACUGUAGGAAAUGUUGGAUCAUCCUCUUUUUGAGUACUACUGAAAAAAUAAUUAGAUGCUUAAAACAAA